UUUGUUUUUUUAAAUAUUUCAUUAAGACUAGGCUAGGAAGUUAAGACAGACUGGUGACAGCCAGUCAGCUGUCACUGCACAGGAGGAAGGACAUUAGCCUUCUUAUAUUGGGCUGUUGUGGAGCUUGUUACUGCCUCAAUUCUACCACUUCCUGCCACUUUAUGAUUUCAUUAUUGUUUGAUUUUUAGUCCCCGGUGGAAUCACUUACUGUAUAUAGAUAGAUAUCCUUUGUUAUUAGACUCACGGUCCCUUUGGAGAAAAAAAAAAGAAAAAAGAUGGAGAUACACAAGACAGACACCAAUUAAACCAGACAGCUAUACCAGUAAUCCCAUAAGGGUGACUGGUAUCGCAAAGCACUGAACCUCAGGUCAAUCAGAUGUGAAAUGACAAGAGUUACAACAAGAAUUCAGACGACCAAUAUAUUCAUACAUCAGAUUCCUCAGUAAAGGAGAGAAUGUAAUAACUCCUGCUUGACAGAACAAUUCACUUGCACUACACCACCUACGUUUCCUGAGUAGAAUGCGCAAGCAGUCAUUAUAAGCAACCCGCAGCUUAUUGAAGCUUGCCUUUUUGAACAUGACCCACAAGGGGGCAGUGUAAAAAGCAGUACAAUAUGCUUUAAAGAGGUUUAUUUUGACAGUAUCAGAACACCAAGAGAACUUCCUGGCAAGCAUGUUAGCUUGUGGUAAUAUAACAUGCAACGCUGCCUAUACAUUUCCUCAUCAUCUGACAUUUGGUCUGUUAAGAUGUGACCCAAAUACUAAAUUUUACAACCAACAGUUAGCCCUCGCCCAGCCAGAUGGAAAGAUGGCAAAAUAAGGUCCUUCUCCUCUUUCACUCUACAGAUCAUAUUUCACAUUAAAUUCAACACCAUAAUUGGGACAUAUAUUACAACACCUCCUGAAACCCCGCACUGCUAGGAGAGACAACAGUCAAGUCAUCAGUAUACAUGAGAUGAGUCUACUGCUGCUGUACUAUCAACACAUCUGGGCUGUCAUCCCAGGUUGUCAGGUUGUUAAUAAAUAUUAGUUUACUAUACUUCUCAACAAAGGAACUUUGGGGCAUAUUUUCAUAUAUUUGGAUUGAACAGAAGGACAGUAAGCACACUUUGUGAACAGUCAAACUGAAUUGUAAAGGUUUUAUCAAACUCGAGUCACUUUUCAUUCUGCUGAUUUCAUCCUUCAUUAAGUAAUUACAUUUGCCUCCUACUUACACCCCCCCCCUCGAGGAGAUUAGCGUUGUUAUUUUACAAAUGUGGUACGUGGUGGUUUGUGCAAUUAGGAAAGCAUGGCAUAAGCUGGGAUUUGUUGUGUAUAUAAAGUCAGUGGUGAAUCCAGAGCUAUUGCUCCUUUACAGAAUGGGCCAAGCUGCUACUCUGCCCUGUAGUGGAGGGGGAUCUUAUGUCACUGAGCUGUACGAUUGGUUCAGAACGUUUAUUAAUGAAUGUCCAAGUGGGUUGAUCACUCUACAUGAGUUUCAAAGGCAUUUCUGCAAUGGAACAGUGGGCAAUGAGUCUGCCGAGUAUGCAGAGGAGAUAUUCCGCACAUUGGACAAUAAUGGGGAUGGGGUGGUUGAUUUCAGGGAGUAUGUUAUGGCCAUCAGCAUGCUUAUUGAAGGUUCUGCUGUGGAGAAGCUGCGGUGGUCAUUUAAGCUCUAUGACAAAGAUGGAGACGGAGCAAUCACAAGGGAGGAAAUGCUGGAGAUUACGCAGGCUGUGUAUAAGAUGAAUGUAGCCGCUGCUUUAACCAAACCCAACCCACUGACCGCUGAAGAAUGUACCAACAGGAUAUUUAUGCGAUUAGAUAAAGACAAUAACGCCAUCAUCAGUCUGGAGGAGUUCACAGAGGGAGCGCUGAAUGAUGAUUGGAUCAGGGAAAUGCUGGAAUGUGAUCCAAGCACUGUGAAGGUGGAAAGGCCCCUGAGUAGGGACAGCGCUUUGGGGACCCAUGGUUGACCUGAAUGGGGGCAUUCUAUUCACUGGGAGCAGAGAAAUUAACCAGUCAAUGUUUGGAUUGGAAAUUUCCAGGAAUUGUUGCGG